CCGGGAUCCGAUUAUAUACCAAUGAGAGACGAGGUACUGAAAAGUAACGCCAAUGUAACUGUUGCUAUGGAUGGUACUGGCGACUACAAGACCGUCAUGGAAGCUAUCAUAGCGGCACCCAUGAAUAGCAAACUUAGAUACAUCAUUUAUGUGAAGAAGGGCAUCUAUAACGAAAUUGUCAAAAUUGAGAAAACGAAAACAAACUUAAUCAUUAUAGGCGAUGGUAGAGAUGACACUAUUCUCAGUGGUAAUUUAAAUGCCAAUGAUGGUAUUAGAACCUAUGAUUCUGCAACUUUAGGUGUGAAUGGAAAUGGGUUCAUGGCCCAAGAUAUUUGUAUCCGGAACACGGCUGGACCGGCGAAAGGACAAGCCGUAGCUCUCCGAGUGAGCGCUGAUGCGGUAGUCAUUCAUCGUUGCCGAAUUGAGGCGUAUCAAGAUUCAUUGUAUGCUCAUUAUGGCAAGCAAUUUUAUAGUGAAAGCUAUAUCAGUGGCACCGUAGACUUCAUUUGUGGACAUGCAACGGCAGUGUUUCAACAUUGUCAAAUUGAAGCACGGAAGCCGAAGUUUGGACAAAGCAAUGUGAUAACAGCCCAUUCACGUACCAAACCAAGUGAUAACUCAGGGUUUUCAAUCCACAAAUGCAACAUAACAGCAAGUUCCGAACUCGCGCCGGUUAGAGGAACUAUAAAGACCUAUCUUGGAAGACCAUGGGGAAACUUCUCUAGAGUUAUAUUUCUAGAAUCGUUCAUGGAUGCUCUGAUUGAUCCAGCGGGUUAUAUCCCGUGGAACAAGAGCGAUAUCGAAACUUUAUCUACCUUAUCCUACAUCGAGUACAAGAACAAAGGCCCAGGAGCAGUUACAACCAAUAGAGUCCACUGGAAAGGAUUUAAAGUUAUGACGGAUCCGAAAGAGGCGAUCAAAUUUACAGUUGGAAAGUUUAUAAAUCAAGAUUUUUGGUUGAACUCGACUGGAGUCCCGUAUGAAGAUGGUCUCUGAAUAUUGUACGAAUUAUAAGAUAUGAAUAAAAAAUUAUUUGAUAU